AUGGUGCUUGGCACCCGCACCCCCGUGCCCCCAUGUGCCCACUCCCGAGGCCCUGGAGCCGCGACGACUGUUAUUGCCCGGCUGCCUGAUGAGUUUGAAGCUGUCACAUUUCCUGAAAGCAGCAUUACUGCCCUGGGACUGUCAGUGACUGUUCUGGGGAAGUGGCUGGGAAGGGACAGGCCACCUGUGGAGGAGAGUCAGCAGACACUUCACAGAGACCCAGUGUUGCUGGGUGGGGUCCUGAGGGACCAUGCUGAGAAGGAGGGCCUCACUUCUCUUGCAGGCUACAGCAUGUUUGCUGUGGGCAUCGGGACCUUGUUUUUUGGCUACUGGAGAAUGAUGAAGUGGAACCGUGAGCGCAGGCGCCUGCAGAUCGAGGAUUUGGAGGCUCGAAUCGCCCUCAUGCCGCUCUUCCAGGCAGAGAAGGACCGGAGAACCCUGCAAAUUCUUCGGGAGAACCUGGAGGAGGAGGCCAUCAUCAUGACAGGGUCAGGGGGACUGCUGAGGACUGACUCUGCUCCUGCCCUUAGGGGUGAGUCUGUCUUCCACACCACGCGCUGGGUGCCGCCUCUCAACUCCGAGUUGUAUGGGCUGCGCACCCAGGAGGAGUUGGACAACGCCAAUUUCGGCUUCACCUGGUAUACGUAG